GUGACGUCUGAAGCACAUGUGUAUCAACUAUGGAGAACAGCAACCUUUACUGUGAUGUCAAGGAGAGAGUAGGGGUGGUCUGAACCGAGACCGCUUUAAGCCUUUCUACAUUCAUCACUCAUUAUUCACCGGAUGAACUCUGACCAAGAAAGUCACCUGCAAUCCUUCAUGAUGACCCAAUGUUCAACUCUCCACUGACCCUCCACUGAACAUCCAGGGGCCACAUCGCUCCGUGUGCUCCUCUCCACACCUCACAGCAUCAUGGGGGACGUAGUGCAGAUGCACUUCAGCACGGUGGAUUACGUGAUUUUUGUCGUGCUGCUAGUGGCCUCCGCAGGAAUUGGCCUUUACUAUGCCUUCUCAGGGGGUCGUCAGAGGACCACACAGGAGUUCCUGCUGGCCGACCGCAGCAUGCGCUGCCUUCCAGUGUCCCUUUCGCUGCUGGCCACCUUUCAAUCAGCAGUGGCCAUCCUGGGUGCCCCAUCGGAGAUUUACACACAUGGCACACAGUAUUGGUUCCUGGGCUGCUCCUACUUCCUGGGCCUGCUCAUCCCCGCACACAUUUUCAUACCAGUUUUCUAUCGUCUCCGCCUUAGUAGCGCGUAUCAGUAUCUGGAGCUUCGUUUUAGUAAAAGUGUUCGGAUAUGUGGCACUGUGACCUUCAUCUUUCAGAUGGUGAUCUAUAUGGGAGUUGUUCUGUAUGCUCCAGCACUUGCACUUAAUGCAGUAACAGGUUUUGACCUUUGGGGGGCAGUGAUGGCCAUGGGACUGGUGUGCACGCUUUAUACAGCUUUGGGUGGUCUGAAAGCGGUGAUCUGGACAGAUGUGUUUCAGACAAUUGUUAUGUUUGCGGGGCAGCUGGCAGUGAUUGUAGUUGGUACCCAUCAGGCAGGUGGUAUCGCUGAAGUUUGGAGGAAAGCACAAAACGGCAGCCGUAUCUCAGGCCUUGACCUGAACCCUGACCCUUUAGAGAGGCACACAUUCUGGACUCUGGGAGUGGGGGGCAUUUUUCUCAUGCUGGCCCUGUAUGGAGUGAAUCAGGCUCAGGUCCAGAGAUACCUCAGCUCCCGCACAGAGAAAGAGGCCAUCAUGUCCUGUUAUGCGGUGUUCCCAUGCCAGCAGAUCGUGCUCACGUUGGGCUGUUUAAUGGGUCUGGUUAUGUAUGCUCGAUAUGGGGAGGAGAGCCCGCUGGAUAAGGGAUAUGUCAACAGCAAUGACCAGAUGGUGCUGUACUUUGUAAUGGAUGUGUUGAGAGAUCUUCCUGGUUUACCAGGACUGUUUGUCGCCUGUCUGUUUAGUGGAGCUCUCAGCACAAUCUCAUCUGCCUUCAACUCCCUGGCAACGGUUACCAUGGAGGAUCUGAUCAAACCUCACGUACGACCCAUGACGGAGGCCCGUGCCACUCUGUUAUCAAAAAUGUUGGCUCUUGCCUAUGGUCUUGUGUGUCUGGCUAUGGCAUACUUCGCCUCUUUAAUGGGCUCUGUGCUGCAGGCAGCACUCAGUAUAUUUGGGAUGGUUGGUGGACCUCUUCUUGGCCUUUUCUGUCUUGGGAUGUUUUUCCCUUGGGCCAAUUCCACUGGUGCUCUGGUUGGGCUGGCAUCAGGGCUGGUCAUGGCUUUCUGGAUCGGAAUCGGCAGCUUUGUUUCACGAAUGUCUGCACCUGUGAUAAAUGCCACUGUCAUACCUAAUGUGGGAAACAUGACAACAGCUGUGAUGACGACACUCAUCAAACCUAAACAAAGGCCUUCUGGAGUUCAGGCUUUGUACUCUCUAUCAUACAUGUGGUACAGUGCUCAUAAUUCUGCCACAGUUGUGGUGGUGGGACUACUGGUCAGCUUUCUCACGGGGCCCUGGAAAGAGAAAGAGUUAAACCCAGGUACGAUUUACCCUGUGCUUGGCAAUUUGCUGUUCUUUCUGCCCCAACGCUACAAGGAGAAACUCUGCUGUGUCACUCCACUGGAAGACCAUUCCAAAGGCCUGGAAUGUCAGCCUUACCAGAUGGCCCAGAAAGACAGCAAUGGCGUUGCCUAUACUAAAGGGGAAGACAAGCUCAGGGAAGAGGAUGGAGAAAAGAUAACCGCCCAGCCUACUUGUAACCUGGCCCAUACAGUGCAGGAAACAGCCUUGUGAAAUCUCCCGCACACAGCCACAGCCCUAAAGGGUCUUAGUUUCCCACAGGCUCUGGGAAGAAAACGUCCGUUACGAUGCCAAAAUCUCACUGUUUUCUCCUCUUGAAUUUGGUAAGAAGCUUAAGUCCAGAAGUUGUGGGUUGUAUUGUGGGCCCUUUGCAAUAUUGGUACGCUGUGCCCUCAACUGCCAGUGAUCGAGGCGAGGGGUUGUGUUAUUUAUAUGUGGUACUUUAUGAUGUCAGUGGUCCGUCAUAAAAAGUGUAUUAUGUUUAGAUCUUGAACAAAUUGAGGUGUGUUGAGCUGAAGCGACACAAAUGAUCACCUAAAUCUUUCAGUUUACUUGUCCUAAAUUGAAUCUCAAGAAUACUUGUUGAAUAUUGAAUACUAAUUGAAUAUUGCUGGCUCGUGAUAUACGUACAUGCACAAAUCAAAGAAAUCAUGCUGAACGUCAGGUUUAAGAUAAAUGGUUUAACACUAGAAAGACCACAGUUUGCACAAAUCUGUAGUCAUUUAAAUGUCAGUGCUGUUUGAGUUUUGGGGUUUUUCUCUCCCAAAGGUUUUGUUUCGUCCAAAGUUCACUACAUUAGCCUUUCCAUUCUGUUUGCCUUGAAAGCGCUAUUGUCAAUGUGUUUGUUCCCUAAACUGAGUUAAAAGUUUACAGUGAAUGAAGAAUUGCUAAUAUUGCCUAUUUAAAUGUAGUAAACUUUUAGCUUAACAUUCAUGAAAAGACCAUCUGCAAGUCUCAUAUUGUGAUAGAUACAAUGAAUCUAAUGCAUGUCGAAUCUAGUUCCUCAUUGAAGCCCAUUGUUUGUGACAAGUGCCUCCUCAAAUGAAUGUAUGAUGUAGUUUUGUGACUGGAUUGUUGCUUUAGUUUGCCGUUUCGUCAUCUAACCCAAAUGGAGCAUAGGCCUGAAGUAUCUGGACACCCCACUAUUAAAUUCCCAUGAUGCUUUGCGUUGUGAGGGCCUGGCUAACUAUACUUUAGCAUCUAAAAAAAAUUUGCCUAGAUUCAAUAUUAUUUUGGUAUGGAUGAUUUUUUAGAAAACGGUCAUGUUAGAAAUGUUCUUCAUGAUGUAGAUUAAAUGUUAUAAUAGCCUAUUCAAAUGUUUGAUCUUAGAUAUAGAAGAUACAUGUUAUAGUAUCAAGACUAACUGCAUAGAAUUGAAACCUCAGUGCGAGUUACUGACCAUAAUUCUCAGUAUUAGCAUAUGGAUCGGUUUGGUUGCACUCGUUUUCUUGUAAUUUGAUUCAGUUUUUGCUGUUAUAGUGGCAUUUUCUGUGCUUUGCUGUCUAGUCUAAAUUCAGACCUCAGUCUAAGCCAUACCAUUUGUAGUUGUUGUAGGAUUCCUAGGUCCUUGUAUUGUGCCUAUGACUGGAAUGAAAGCUUUCUCUAAACCUGUCACAAUCUCACAAGCACAGGCAGUCGGUUAUAUAUUCAGGUUAUGCGCUCUGGGUCAACAGUUUGUGGUGGUCUCACAUCUACUGGUGUUUCUUAUUUUUAUUUUUUGGUUCUUUAUUGUGGGUGUAUCAUCUUGGUCUGGUAACAGGUUUCAGUUUAACAUUCAUCUCCAAAUAAUCAUCAUAUGUGGAAUCAUAUUCAUCACGUCGAUUCACACAGAAUGCGGUUUUGUGGUGUUUUUAAAAAAAAUUAUUUUCCAAAGUAAACACACUGUUGCAUCCUUAACUCACUGCUUGUCCAGCAUCGCACUCAUGAGCGAUGCAUUUUUAAAAUAAGUUAAAAUAAAAGCGCUGUAAUAAAAACGUUAAAAUAAAAGCGUUAAAAUAAAGUGAUUUGAGAUCCUGCGUUUUUCCCAUUUUGGAGCAUUCGCUUUUUUAAACGCAAGAAAUACUAACAACUUUUAUCGCUGUGCCACUUCUCACUUAUUCAAUUCUCAUUCAGAUCGAUUCCGUAAUGCUCUGUCUUGCUUUUUUUAAGCUACUUUUUGUCCAUCUGCAUGGCUUUCAUGCAGCUUUUUUCUUUUUUUUUAGCAUCUUACACAAUGAACACCAUAUUUUUAGGACACUACUUCAUGUUAAACAAACUUUUUAAAUGGAUCUCGAUGUGCCUUCAAUUCAAUUGAAGUUGUUUGCUGUUUUUGAACGCAAGUACACAUCCUAAACGGCCCCAAGGGUUUUACCUUUUGUUGAGUGAAUACUUUACAUUUCUUAUGAGCUCCAGAAAUAUAUUCACAGCAAUGAAUUAUGACAUUAAUUUUUAGCCUAACAGUAUUAGAUGCUAAAUUAAAUAUCGCUAUCAAGCAUCUGCUAUGGGAUAUAUAUGCAUUUAAUGUUCAGUCAUUCUUUAACAAGCAAUUACACUAUUUUUGAAUCCAUCCAAUUCAAUGUAUUAGAAUAAUGAUGACAUUCUGGUAUGAAAAUGAGAAAUUAGUUUGGAUUUUAGUAACUUGAGCAUUCCAAUCAAAGGGCCCAAUGCAUAUAAUCUCUUUACUGUAAAAUGUAAACAUUGCUUGAUUUCGCCUAAAUUUUGUCAUUAUAUUCAUUGUGUAGAAGACAUUUUAUUUUGCAUUAUUAGUGUCAUAAUGUAUGUAUGUGUAAGACUGGAUCAUGUAGAGUUUCCAUCUGUCAUACCUGAAAUUACUUGAAUAAUUUGUGUGCAUUUACAGACUGAAUAUUGCAUCAGAAUAGUUCCACUGAUCAUUUCUCUUUGUCCUAAGAAUGUCUUAAUUCAGAAUGCAUUUCCCCUGUGAGCAAUCAAAGGAGGAAUAAAUCGUCACAAGCACAUUUUAAAACUGCCUACAACAGGACAAACUGUUAAGGCACAGGCAGGGAUUGACCCAUUAUAAACUAUGCUGUCCUACAAUCUAAAACUGUAACCCUAAGAGAAUCGACCUUGGGGGCCUAUGUGGAAAAAGAAAAAAAAAAAAACACUGAACUGUACUGUGAGAAUUGUUUUUUAUGACAUUUUUAAAUGCUCAUUUUCUAUGGAAAGCGCAACUCUCGUUAGUGCAAAAUAAAUAUUUCGAUAUGUAAUAUUUAUGUUUGUAUAAAUAUUAUGAGAAUAUUUAUUUUUUUAUAGAAGUGUUCCUAUUUUAUUUUCCCAAAUAUGCAUUCCAGAAAACCAUAAGCAAUGGAGUUUGACCAGCUUCAUUGCUUUGGUCGUGCCUUCACUUAGUGUCUCUUUAUUUGAUUGGUCGUGAAAGUUCUCGCCAAGAACUUUCCAUUAUGUGGAAAAAGAGUCAGUUGCAUUGGCCAGCAGAGCGUCUAUAAGCGAUGAUACCUUUAUUUAUACAGAUGAAUGCAGAAUAGAGGAACAGAUAUACUUAGCCAAUCUAGUGGGCAUUACUUUGAAUCAUGAACACUCAUUUUUCCUCUUGAUGAAUUGUUUGUAAUGAGAAAGUGAUAUAAAAUUUGUCUUGAUAACAAUAAAAAUGUCUUCCCGA